GUUGCCUUCGGCUGCCAAGAAGAGAGGGCGCGCGAGAGAGACACUGUCGUUGAAAGAUACUUGGUAGCCAAAGCUCAAAGUCGAGCAAAUGGAUUCCUUCUCACCAUCGUCGACGUCAUCGAACGGCUUGUCGGGCCAGUCCACGGAGGCUCUGAUGGACCAGGUCAAGUCUCAGCUCGCUCAGGCCUACGCCGAAGAGUUCCUGGAGACUGUGAGGAGCAAGUGCUUUGCAAAAUGCAUCACGAAGCCUGGUACAAGCUUAAGUGGGAGUGAGAGCAGUUGCAUCUCCCGUUGUGUGGAUCGAUACGUUGAGGCAACUGGCAUCAUCAGCCGAACACUUUUCAGUUCCCCUCGAUAACUUUAGAUCUUUCAAGAGAUGGGUCACUCAAACAACUUCAGGCAGCCUGUGGAGGAGCUUGGUGGCUUACCUGCUUUUUAUGACAACACAUAUCCCUUGGUUAUUGAAAUAUGCAAAUCUGAUGCUAUUAACUUCAUGGAUUCUCUUUUGGGUAACCUGAGACACUGAGGGGCAACUCUUUUCUCACUCCUGGGCACCAAUAUUUUUUGCAACAAUAUCUGGACUCAUUUUUGGGGCAACAUAUCCGACCCCAUAUCUAAGUUUAUACUUCAUGUUUUGUUCGAUAGAAACUUUGGUCAGUGUAAAUUGCAUGCUGCAGACUUUGGAAUUUUAGUCUGGAUCAAGGGUUCAGCUCUGGCUAGAAUCGCCCGCCCUUGGGGGUUCGAUUCUGGGCAAAUACAGCUAGAGGUAUUAGCA